GACGCGCGCGCAGCACAGCGGUCAGCGCUGCGUCUGCUCAACUCGAGUGCUCAGUGCUUCUCUGGACGUCGUCGUGGACGGAGCUCCGUGCGGUCGCUCCAGUGUUAUCGACCGCUUCGCGCAGUCUCGUGGUGUGAAGGUGUCCGCGAUAACUCCGAUACAGCUCCGCCAAUCGCGGCGCGCGAUAUACUAUCAGCGUUACGAGUUGCGAGUUAUAAUACGAAUCCAUCUGUGCCGAAUCGAAAUUUUUCACGCGCGUCCCUAUAGGCGGUGACCGAGUGUUUCUUUUUUUUUUUUUUGGUUUUUUCGUUGUUACACGGGAUUCUGUUGCUAUAAUUACAUUAUCCUGGUGUGAGUUGAGUUGAGUGUCAUGAGGCCGAAGGACGAGGUGGACGCGAAGGUCCAGACGGGGACCUUCAUCCUGUCCGAGAAGAUCGAUGAUACAAAAUCGAAGAAGAGCGAAAAGGAAAUGAAGAAGGAGAUGAAGAGGCUCGAGAAGGAGAAGCAGGAGCGCGAGAAGAGGGAGAAGAAGGCUAGGGAAAAGGAAAAGGAGAAAGAGAAGCAAGCUAAAAAAGGGAAGGUGGUAUGCGGCGCGUGCGGCGGCAAGUGCAGCGGCGAGGUGCUGCGCGUGUCGGAUAAAUACUUCCACAUGGCGUGCUUCACGUGCCGUUCGUGCUCGGCCUCGCUCGCGCGCGGCGGCUUCUUCUGCAAAGACGGCCAUUACUACUGCCCGCAGGACUAUCAGCGCGCGUUCGGUACUCGCUGUGCGGCGUGCAACCAGUAUGUGGAGGGCGAAGUGGUGUCGGCGUUAGGAAACACUUACCAUCAAAAGUGCUUCACCUGCGCGAGAUGCAAACGCGCGUUCCCAUCGGGCGAAAAGGUGACGUACACGGGCAGCGAGGUGGUGUGCGCGUCGUGCACGGCCGCGCCGCAGCGGCACACGGCGCACACGACACGCGCACGACCCUCGCCCCCGACGCCCACGUCGCCCAUCACGCCGCCCACGCCGCACUCGCCGCACUCGCCAGCCACGCCCACGGACCACGAGCGGGAGCAGAGACAGCCGGAUCCUAAUGAGUGCGCGGGCUGCGGGCAGGAGCUGUCGGAGGGGCAGGCGCUGGUGGCGCUGGAGCGGCAGUGGCACACGUGGUGCUUCGCGUGCGGGGAGUGCGGCGCCGUGCUGCAGGGCGAGUACAUGGGGCGCGCGGGCGUGCCGUACUGCGAGCGCGACUACCAGCGGCUGUACGGCGUGCGCUGCGCCUACUGCCAGCGGUACAUCUCCGGGAAGGUGCUGCAGGCCGGCGACAACCACCACUUCCACCCGACGUGCGCGCGCUGCAGCAAGUGCGGUGAUCCGUUUGGCGACGGCGAGGAAAUGUUCCUACAGGGCGCCGCGAUCUGGCACCCGCGCUGCGGGCCAGCGCCGCACGCGCCGCUCGACCUGGAGCGAGCCUCCUCCGAGCUGCAGUUCUCCCUGCGCUCGCGCACGCCCAGCGUCAACGGCUCGUACUGCAGCCCCUACAGUAGCUUGACCAGGAAGUACGGCUACCGCGCCGUGUCGCCGGGGCUGACGCUGCGCGAGUACCGCGACGGGCGCGACGAGACGUGCUCGCCGCACCGCAUCACCACGUACUCGUACCUGGCCGGCGAGCCCGUCACGCUGCGGCGCUGCGUGCAGCCCUACGACCGCCCGCCCACCUCGCCGCACUUCCACAGGCCGCCGUCGUCCGCCAGCACUCGCGCCAGCUCGCGCGCCGGCAGCAAGGCGUCGUCGCGGCCCGGCAUGCGCGCGCUCGUCGACUCCAUCCGCUCCGAGACGCCGCGCCCCAAGUCGCCGCGCAUGAACAACGAGGAGCCCAUCGAGCUGUCUCACUACCCGUCCGCGUACAAGCCGCCGCCGGGCACCAAGUCCAAGAUCGAGCGCGACGACUUCCCCGCGCCGCCCUACCCCUACACCGACCCCGAGCGGCGUCGGCGCUGGUCCGACACGUACAAGGGCGUGGCCGACAGCGACGAGGAGGGCGAGCGCGUCAACGGGCUCAACGGCGACGUCGACCCCAAGCUCCGGCGCGAGGAGCAGGAGCUGUCCAAGAUAGAGACCGGCAUCGCGCAGGUGUUCCUGAAGGAAGUGAAGGAGCGCGAGAAACUCCAGCAGUGGAAGAAACAAAACUUGGAUCCCAGAAAUGCGAGCAGGACGCCCAGCGCGUCGCGCGAGGCGGGCCGGCUGCGCUACUCGUCGCCGGUGGGCGCGUCGCCGUCGCGCUCGCUCGACCACCCGCGCGCGCUGGACGCCGCGCCGCUGCCCGCGCGCCACCACCACGUGCCCUCCUACAACGUGGUGUCGUCUCUCCGCGCGGCGCCGCGACCAGGCUACGGGCUAGCGGCGCGCUCUCACACCUUCUCAUCGAGCACUGCCGGUGACUUCACGUUUAGCGGCCUCGGAGACAAAACGCACAGCACCGACUUUAGCAGCGGCAAAUCAGACAUUUCUGCCGGCUCUAUCACCGACGUGGAUAGAAGUGCUGUGACGACCGACGGUGGCGUGGUCAUCCGCGGCGGCGGCGUGGUGUCGGCGGCGGCGGCCGUGGGCGGCGUGGGCGUGGGCGCGCGCGGCGGCGGCGUGCGGCGUUCGUUGCCCAACAUGGCCACGUCGCACCUGCUGCACGAGCCCGCCAAGCUGUACCCCUACCACCUGCUGCUCAUCACCAACUACCGGCUGCCGCCCGACGUGGACCGGCUCAACCUAGAGCGCCAUCUGUCGGACGCGGAGUUCGAGGCGAUCCUGCAGUUCGGGCGGCAGGAGUUCUACCGCCUGCCGCAGUGGCGCCGCAACGAGCUCAAGCGACGCGCGCGCCUCUUCUGAGCGCUCCGCGGACGUACACACGUACUCUGUUGCGUAAGCGUUUGUGUUUCACUGUACUGAGAACAGGGGAGGUGUGGAGUAGUUUAUAUUGAUUUUUGUUUUUUUAAUUUGUGUGGGACAGAAAACAUUUACAUAUUCAGUCACUAAAGACUUAAAUUACAGCUUAGCAAUAAAGUGUAGAAACGGAACUAACUUUUUUCCCUCUUACAACACUGUUCAACUUGUCAGUUGUAUAGUGUUGUUGAUAAGUUGGUAAGGUUAUAUGUUUCUCGUAUUCGUGUUGCCAUAUUGGCGAUAGUGGCGCCUUUAUUAAUUUCUACUCGUUUUUGCCAGGUUACACCAUGCAAAGGGGUUAAUAAAUAACUUAUUCUAGAGUUUAAAAAAAAAUGUCUUGACUUCUGAAGGUAGAAUGAGAAAAAACAAACGUAAACAAUGUUGUUUGCCUCAAUAGGAACAAUUAAUGACGUCUGUUGAAAGAUGUGUUUUUAAUUGUGUUGUUAUUAGAAACUUAGCUUAUUGAAUUUAAAAAAUAAUAACCAAUUUUUUUUUAUGGGAAAUUAUAUAACUUUCUGAAUGUAGUCAUUGGGUUGCUUAAAGGAUAGGUUCGCAAAAGGUAAUCAUUAAAGUUACUGUUGCCUUAAAUAUUUAUUCCAGUGAAACUGGGUUCUUCUGUUAGAUAUUGACUAUAUAUAUAUUUUUAAAACUACCCCCCAAAAACACUAAAUAUAUUGAGUAGUGAAACAAAAAUUCUUACGUAACAGAACGCCCCGCGCGAUUUCGCCUGAAAUUUUUUUUGCGAUCUACUUGAUGUAGAUAUUUUAUUUAUUUUUAUAUACUAUUUUAAGCAUAUCUUAAUUCCUUUGGAGUUUGCGAUUUUUUUUUUACAUUCAGUAAAAGCUGAUUUUAAAAUGAUUAACUUUUUUACCGUGCAAUACGAAAGUACCGAUUAUUUUAUGACCUAAAGAUGUUAGAAAGAGUACUAUGUACUUUAUAUUAUUAUUUUUAUUUAUUUAUUUUACUAAACGUUACAGUACGUUAUCGUACACGGAAUCGUAGUGGUACGAAAAACCGCAUGGUGGUACUGCAAAAUCGCAUUGCACGGUGAUAUUAAGUUUGUUAUACCUCUAUAAUUAAUGAUUCGAUUGUACAUAAAACUAAAUUAAAAUGUUGGUAUAAAAAUAUCUUUAUUUUGAACAUAAACAGCAUUUGAUAAAAGUAUGAUUUGUAGAUGCUAAAUUAAAAAAAUGUGUGCUACUUUAACUAUCGCAAAAAAUUAAAAUACCUUAAUUUUAUUUUUUCUUGAAUGUAAAUGUUUUUAAGUUUAGUUUUAUGUAUGAACAAUGUCUAUGAUUUAUGGCAUAAGCAAAUAUUAUUAUGUUCUUUAGAUCGCGCAGGGCAAAACGACUUGUCUGUUCGUAGUGUAGCUUAAAUAUAUCGAUUAAUUAUUAUUAUUAUUAUUGAUAUUAUAAUAACUUUUCACAUAAUAAAUAUUUAAAUUGUAAGUGCGGUGUGAUUCUUGCUCGUGUAUGUCUAAAUAUUACGGGAGUUCAUAGAACUUCUUUUGUCGCUGGUAACUCGAUUUGCGUAAUUUAUAUUGUGACGUCACAUGAUCGAUGUUUUUUUCUAUCGAGUGUCGAUGUCAGCGCGCGCUUCCAAUGUCGGUAAUUAAUUUUUCGUAUGUUUGAGAAAAUGGUAUAUCAGUAGUCGAUAUUUGACAUAUUAUAUAUUUGAUAAAUGAAAAGCCACCUGUAAUAAGUAGAUAAAUUUUUACUUUUUUUUAAUUAUUUUUUUCUUUUGAAGUCUUUUUUUAUCAAUUGACUACUGCCGAAUCAAGUCUCAUUAUCACCUAUGGAUGCUCUGGUGUCAGUUUCUGUUUUAAAAAUCCAAGUUUUUUUUUUAAAUUUUUUGUGAUAAGUAGUAAUUUAUGUUAACGAUGUUUUAUUUUUAAUUUUGUCAUGAAAAGUAAGAAAAAACCAUUUUUUGGACAUUUUUGGAAACGCGCGGUGUCAAAAUGUGGCCUAUAGAUAAUAUUUUGACUUAUCAUAUUACGAUGCCUUGUAUGUAUAUUGUAUAGGAGAUGUAAGCGUGUGACCUUCGGUUACUUUAGUGAGAACCAAAUAUAUUGAUUAUAUUACUAUAUUACAUAAUAUAUGAUGUAGGUAACAUAUUGCGUUAGAUGUUUAGUUGGGCUGUAACUAAAUUGACUAAACUAUACCUUUGGUAUAAGAUUAGUUCACAAUUUCACAAUCGUAAAUAAAACAAACCUUCAUAGUUUUAAAGUCUUAAAUUCAAUACCGCUGAUUUUCACUGCCUAUCUUACAGCGAUUUACAAACCUUAAUCCCAGUAUAAUAAGGUAUAUUUUUCUAUGAUUUUAGUGUGAGCCUUAAAAUAUUUUCUAUAGCAAUAGUCGUGGAAGUGUGCACGAAUUUAAACUUUAUUCCUAAUUAAAUAAAGUUUAUUUUGUACUGGGGGACAAUCUUAUACCGAAGGUAAUAGAGGUGUUUUAGUUCUAAACAUGCUCUGUCAAAUUGUCUGUAAAUAGAUGCCAUACGUGUUACAUGUUACUUAUGUGUCAUUUAGGUAGGGUUGCCACUUUUAUCGCACAUUUUAUAACUCUAUAAUUUUUUAAAUUACUUUUUUUUUUAUAUUUUACCAAUAAAUUGAAAAAUAUUUUCUAAUCAUUACAAGAUGUGAACUGAUCUAACUGAAAGUAAACAGUAAAUACGCAUUUUUAAUGAAUGAAAAAAACGCAAAAUUUUACAGCUAAACGAGUUGUAAAAUUUAUAAGAACUGCAUAUUUGUUAUAUAUUUACCACCACUUUUUAACCAGAAUACAUAUUUUGUAUAAAUAAUUACAAACUAUUUUGAUCAAAAAACAGUAAUCAGAUCAGUAAUUUUGGUAAAGUGUUGGUUAUAAACAGUUUUGUUUCAUUAAUUACAUAUAAAAAAUUGUGCUUCGCUGUGGCAACCCUAAUUUUAGUAAAUCCGAAAUAUUUUCCGUUCGAGGUAAAAUAUAAAAUAUUAUAUGACCUAUCGCGUUCUUUCGACAGAUUUUUAAAUAUUGUUGCAGUUUUUACUGUGCGGUGAAAAUAAAUACGUUAAGAGCCGGAAAUACAAGAAUUGAAGAGAUUUUUAUAUUUUGAAAUUCUGAAACGCAUUUAUUUGAGUUAAAACAACAAUUAUUCCACAGUGGUCACUGGAAAACUCACUUUUAAAUGUUUUUUUUUUGACAUGACAACGUCUUAUGAUUCGAUAGAGCCGGCUACACACUCGAAAAAAGAUGACGUCAUGUGUCGUUCCCGCGCUCUAGGGUUGCCAACUUUUUUUACUAGAAAUAAAGAUUAUUAAUAUUCUGGUCUUAGAAGAUUAUUAAACAGAUUAUUAAUAAAAACGAACAUUGAAAAAAGCAACCAUUCCAUCAGUCUUAUGACGUUGUCACGUUCAAUUAUCAUCAGUAAACCGACUACAGACAACCGAUUUUUAUUUUUAUGUAUAUGACGAAUGCAUCGAAUUGAAAAAUAGCUUUUUUUUUUAAUUGAACUAAAAAUGGCUGAUAUUUCCCGGCUCUUAACAUCCGGGUGCAAAUCAGUUAUAAAUGAAUAUAAAUAUUAAUUCUGGAAUAGGUUUUAUGUUUGAAAUGAAUAAAUAAUAAUAAUAAUGUGUAGUUAUUAAGUGAUGCGUGUGUGUGCGUCAGCGCGAAGGUAUGUGCGUGUGUGCGUGCGCGUGUACAUGUUCCUAAGUUGUGAGUGUGUGUGUGAGAUCGUAUAGUUCUUGCGCUUUGGGGAAAUAGUCACUAUUGUAAGCACGUAGCGUUACUUCCUUGAUUAUAAAGUCCUGGGUUUGAUACUCAACUCGACAAAAUACAGAUUUUUUUAUCUGCUGAGACCACCGAUCUCCUAUUAAAAAGUGGAUGCACAAUUAGCGAAAAACGUCCACACUCAAUGAGUGCUAAACACAACUUCUUGACACUCAAUUCAAGUAGUCGCAUUUGUAAAUUCAACCUUAUACUCGAUCUUUAAGGUUGAAUUUGUUUUGAAUUUGAGAUUUUAUUGAAUAUUGGACUAUAUUUAAAGGUAUUCUUUACCAAUAAUUCUAAAACUGCCAAAGCAAAAUUGGCCAGUUUUUAAGUAAAAUUUCUACAUGAUUGUGCGUCCUUUUAUUAUAAGAGGUCAAUGGCUGAGACCUAGUCUCUCUAUUAAUAACAACGUAUUGUCAAAUGAUUAACUAUUUUAAACGACAGUUAAAUGCACUGAAGGGUUAACUUGUUGAAGAACAAAAUGGACGGAGCGAAAAGUGAUAAUUUGAAGUGAUUGUUUCCUCAAAGCGAAUAGAAGUAUAGAAGUUGUUUUUAAUUUUAUUCACGCCAGAUAUUAUUUCGGUUGCAAUAUGUUUUAGGGAAGUCUUUUAUAAGUGUAGAAUGAUGCCAAAGUUGAAACUGCACUUUGCUACAAGCAUUUGUCUUGCCUGCCCGUAAGACUUGAUACAUACUUAUAGUCUAGAUUUCGAUAACAAACUUACAUAUAUCGCUGGAAGGGAUCCUGACUAUAGUUUAGGGGAGUGUCUAUGUCACCGUUAAGUUGUAUAAUACGUUAGUUUAUAAUCACUUGUGAUAUUAUAAUCUGCCGUCAUAUUGUGAACUGAAAAUACUGAUUACAAUUUAACGUGUUAUUUUUUGGUAUAUAAUAUAUCGGAAGUGAAACUGUUAAAUUGUCAAUUAGGAUAAAUUUACCAUAGAGUUGCAGAAAUAUCACAGCAGGCAUAAUAAAAAUAGUAAAAAAUUACAAUGGACAAAUCAAAGAAAAAAGAAAGAAAGAAGAAGUUAUUUUCAGUUCACAAUAUGACGGCAGAUUAUAAUAUCACGAGUGAGGUCAUAAACGUAUUUUACAAUCUAACUGUGACAUUUAUAUAAAAUAAUGCUGACCUUUCGCUUUAAAAGUGUUUCUGUAAUCAUUUUAUGUCACACAAAACAACAAGUUAUCUAAUAAUUUGUAAUGAAUAACUGUUAAGUUAACUAUUUAUUUAUAUUGUUUAUUGUUCCGAGAGUUGUUUUAAUCAAUUAGUGUUGGUCAGAAGCUGUCAGCUUGAUACAGAAGGCAGUAUUUCUUUAGACGGCACAUAUUGUGAAAAGGUUUCGUAUUGUCAAGAGUUUCCUCACUCUGGAAUCCCGGGCACCGGUCGGUUUUCGAAUUUGUUUUUUGAAAGAAAGAUAUUUAUGAACAAUAAAAAAAACUUUUCUAAAUAUUUCUUUGGCAGUUUUAAAUUUAAACAAUGCUAUCAAUUUGUCAUACAUAGAAAGUGUCAGUUUCAACUUUGGCGACAAGAACUGUAUAGAGGAGUCUAUGAAUAUGAGUAAAUGUAGUGAUUAUCGUAAAUCCGGCGGCGCCUUCGACUGUACACUUUAGAUAGCUUAUGGACUCAGAGGCUGUCAUAGCCAGACAUGCCUUAUUAUAUGAAGCCUGGCAGACUUCACACUCGUAGAGAAUUGAGAAACACCUCUGGUAUGCAGGUUUCCUCAAGAUUUUUGUUCCUUCACCGUUUUAGACAAGUGAUAUUUAAUUUCUCAACAUGCAUAUAUCUGGGAUUAAUUUAAUUAUAGUUGUCAAACGGACAGUUUUCUUAGGAAUUUUCUAUUUAUUUGAUGUAUAUUUCGUUAAGUGGUGCUGUCUAAUUUAUCUAAUUAAUACACAUACACAAUUACCGUCCUGAAAAGUUGGUGGAGUAUGCCCCAGACCGGAUUCGAACCUACAAAUCGAAGGCAGAGGUCAAAUCUCUAGUGCUCGCUUGCCUAUACUCCUACUGCCCUUGAAUUGCCUUGCAAAGCCACCAACUUCAACUAAAACUGCAUACCUGGCUUUCGCUGGCUGGCGUUGCAAUCACACCUGAUGGUAAGUGAUGAUGCAAACUAAGAUGGAAGUUUGCUAACUUGUUAGGAGGAGGAUGACAAUCCACACCCCUUUCGGUUUCUACACGACAUCGUACCGAAAAGCUAAAUGGCUUGGCGGUACGUCUUUGUCGGUAGAGUGGUAACUAGCCACGGCCGAAGCCUCCCACCAGCCAGACUUGGAUUAAGAAAACCUCAAUCGGUCCAGCCGGCCGUCGAAACUUGAUGAGGCAUGUCUGACUAUAGCAGACUCUCGUUUCAUUACGAACUAUUCAAAUUGUGCUGACUUCUACCAUGUGAUACAUCGAACAUACAAAUAUACUGUAGGUACAUGUAGCAUCCUUUUCUAAUGAGUAAUGAAUAAAAGGGAUACACGAUGUAAGACUUGACGUCAACAGCGAGGUUGAAGAUGCGACAUUUUAUAUAUGUACCCUCAUAUGUUCACAUUGCAAAUAGGUUGCCUAGUUAAAUGGCGACCAAACACAUUUUUCACACAAAAUCUCGAUCUUAGAACCUGAUCAAAGGCAACCUAACACAGUCAAAUUAAGCAUAAAAUAAGCUUUAAUUUGACAUAUUAGACGGCUAAAGAACUGAUGAGGGUUUAUAAAUAACAUAACUUAACUGUUUAUAUCUGGCAACCCCACAGUAUCGAACGGCGAUGACGUCACGCCUUACGUCAUCCAUCCUAUUUUAUCAUUCGACAACCAACACCGCCAUAUUUAAAAAGAUUUUGAACGAAAAUUAGUCUAUGGUGUCUCUAUUUUAGCCGUUAAUGCCUCGUAGAUAAUGGUAGGGGUCAGUGAUGAAAUGCCUAAAAAAUUGUUACCAUUGACUUAACUAAAACUACAGGGCGUAAAUUAAACUAUCUAGUUGUGUUAAGAAACGUGACUUUAAUGACAAAUGAGUACAUUAUAGUUAUAAAAAAAUAUACCAUCGGACAUGAUGGGCACAAGUGAUCCCGAAUGUAUGUAUAAAAUAAUUGCCUAUAAAUAUAUAAAGAGAAAACAUAUUUUUUUUGUUCAAUUGCAUCGAUCUCCUAUUAAAUAGUGGAUGCACAAUCAGCGACCAAAAAACGUCCCCGCUCAAUGAGUGCCAAACAAUCUUGGCACUCAAUUCAAGUAGUCGCAUUUGUAAAUUUAACCUUAAAUUGAAUGAAAAAUAAGGUUGAAUUUGCUCUGAAUUUGGGAUUUUAUUGAAUAGCGGACUGUAUUUAAAGAUAUAAUAAUUUACUUUACCAAUAAUUGUAAAACUGUCAAAGCAAAAUUGGGCACUUUUUAAGUGAAAUUUUCUAUAUGAUUGUGUGUCCUUUUUUUGUAGGAAGUCAAUGUUCAUUUGCGAAUACGCUCCUAAACUACUGAACCGAUUUUAACCAUUAACAUUAUUGAUGAGUAACAUAAAGUAUAGGGUAACGAGAACUACACACAAACCGCAGAGCGUUUUUGUAGUGUAUGUGACCAUGGAUUUCAGUUCUCUAUGACAAUGUAGGAUGUAGCUCCGUUCUAUCAUGUUCCGUGGUCUAUGGUCGUCAUUUCAUCUGAAAGUGUAGAGGACUCAUUAUACCAAUUUUAUGUCACGUUCUUAACUAUAACUUGCAUCAAUUCGGGGCUUGAUUCUUUACCAACCGUCUUCAAUAACGUAUCUGUUAUUAGCAAACGACCGAUAGAUAUAUUUAUAGACUAUAGAUUGGCAAUUUCGUUCGAUGGUUCGCGCGGGCCGGGUGGCGUGUAGCGAUGAAUGAAAAGCCUACGACUGAUGCACAUGCAACAUUCGUCUUUCCCCCCGUCGCCCGCAAAUCAUGGGAGUGUCAUCAACGAACGUGCCAGCCUAUAGUUUAUUGAAAACAACUGUAAGGGCCCCCGCAUACAGACAACAAUAUUGUUAAUAAAGUAGAGUAAGAUUGGCUGUAGUUGUAUGUAUGGAACGAAUACUGUAAUAUUACUUUAUUUAUUGUCUGUAUUAUGGCGUGUGUGGGGGACCUAACACAAUGACGAAAUUAAUUUCAGACGUCAUUUUGACAUAUCUCGUCACAAAAUCAUAUCGAGCCCUAUUGCACCUUGUCAGUUGUCACCAACCUUCGUAGAGCAGGCUUUCUACGCCGGUGGAAUUGUUUUUUUUUUAAUUUUUAAAAUAUUAUGAUAGGUAUAUUUAUGUGCUAUUUAAAAUUAUUAAAAUUUAAUAUAAUACGACAAAAGUUUAAUGGAUAUAUUACGAUAGAUAGCUGGUGUACUUGGAAUGUAAAUUUUACACGAUUUUUACUUAAGAGCUUCUCGCGACUUCGGCCUUCGGUGUUUGUCGUAGAGAGACGAAUAUUUUUGUCGCUUCACUGACUAUAUUUUUCGUGUCGUGUCGUGACGUAUCAGAACGAAAUAGACUUUCAUACAUUUAGUAUGGUAGAAUAUCAACAUCAUCAGAAGGCUUCAUUAAUCAAAUAAUAAAUAAUCAGACGGUAUAUCGCUGCCAAACAAUUGAAGGAAGAACCAUAAUGGCGCCGAGUAUCUAUGUGUGAGUGUGAAGUGUAUUGCCAGAUUUAGUAAAUGAAUGGCUCCGAUUUUUAGUUCGGAAGACGGCGUCUGGAUUUUUUAUAUCGUCUAUGGUGUCGACAGAUCGACACGACAGAUAAAUAUAAUUCCACUAUAAUGCGUUGUUUAAAACAAUCAGAGUAACAGUCACUUGUGUAUCUAGAUCAUUUGAAUUGAACAAUCCAUGGUGAUACAACAAAUUGUUGAAUUCCAAACGAUCUAACGCUAAACUACCGAGCUUUAAUCAGUUUAUAGUUCUAAUGAGUGCUUAGAAUCUUCGAUUUAAAAGAAAACUUUAUACAGGCUGCUCCGCAGUAUUUCAUAUAACUUCAAGGUGUGGACAAGUCUACUUAUAGGAGCCGAACUGCAUAACUAUACAUAAAUAGCACCCUGUACAUAAAAAAAAAAUAUUUAUUAAAUAUAAAAAAAAUAUUUAACAAGACAUAGUUGAAUCUACGCACUGACUAGAACUAAAUUAAUGGUCGGAUUGAUCCUGCAUUCGCUUUUCGCAUUUGAAUCGGCAAAAAUAUUCGUCACAAUAUUUAUUUAAUUUGCGUUGGUGUAAUGAUGACAGCUUGUAAUGAGUAAUUUUAAGUAAGAAUUUGAAAUUUGUCGCCGAUGCAGCUGUGUAAUAUGUGCUAUUAUGCAUAUUAUAAAUACUAUGUUUUAUUA